AUGGUUUCAAGCUCGCUUGGGAUCUUUGCUGUCGUAGCAUUUAUUACCAGUGUUGUAUUAGGCUCUCCCAAUCCGGUAUCCAAUGCCCGACGACAGCAAAAUUUCCUCGCCGUUACAGGAGCAACGGUGGGUGGCACGCAGCCUCGCAUAGAGAUACGCGAUCUCAAAUCUCAGCCUGAAGCAUGGAACCUCUUCCUCCUUGCGUGGGCAAGAUUCCAGGCUAUGGAUCAGAAUGCGCGAAGUUCAUAUUAUCAAAUUGCUGGUAUUCAUGGCCAGCCGAAUGUUGCAUGGGAUGGCGUGCAAUCCACAGGCGUGACGAACGCUGGAUACUGCCUCCAUGGGUCUAAUUUGUUUGGUACUUGGCACAAACCCUAUCUUGCACUGUUCGAGCAAGUCCUGAGUCUUCGGGCACGCGAGAUCGCAGCUGAAUUCCCAGCGGGUGCCAAACGUGAUAGAUAUGUCCAAGAGGCCGCAAAGCUGCGUUUGCCAUACUGGGACUGGGGCCUCGAGUCGUCGAACCACGACGUUCUGCCAGACGUCAUGACAGAUGCCACCGCUAGCGUAACGUUUCCAAACGGCACAACCACCGAUAUACCCAACCCGCUUCUUCGCUACAGCUUCCAUCCGCUCCCUCCCAAUGUCUUCAGCUCUCCAUGGAGUGAUCGCAAUGUCACAUGGCGCACUUCUCCAACGGAGGCUGACGACAUCGCGGCCAUCGAAUCACGGCUCAGCGGGGAGAACACCAACAUCCGCACGACGCUCUAUCAGAUUCUCACACAGUAUCAAAGCUUCAACCAGUUCAGUAACACCGGUAGCGAACAGAGCUUGUACGGCAGUCUAGAAGGUAUCCACAACAAUAUCCACAGCACAUUCAACGGGGGACACAUGGGCGCCGUUCCUGUCGCAGCAUUCGACCCGUUAUUCUGGGUCCAUCACGCAAACGUAGACCGCAUCAUGCACAUCUUCAUGAAGUUAUAUCCAGACACCUACGUCACCCCCUACGAACAAAGCAUUCCCUCGUUUAUGGCAAGGCGCGGCCAAGUAUACAAUGCCGGAACACGUAGGCGCCCCUUUCCCAUCCUAUCCCCCCAAUCUCCCGUCUUCCUAACGCAUCUCAUAGCACUCUGGCCCUUCCAUAGCACUUCCUCCGGCGAAUUCUGGACCUCGAACUCAAUUCGCCCGACAACCGUUAAUCACUACACCUACCCGGAGCUCGCCGAUAACCCGUCCAACGAAACGCUCAAAGCCCGCAUCAACGCCCUGUACCGCCCAAUGGCCACAUCUGUGGCAUCACCAAACUCGCGUGCUGCUCCGCGCGCAUAUCUCGCCGUCGUCGAUGCCCCGCUCACGCUCGCCCAGGAUGACGCCAUGGGUGGUAUCUAUUCCAUCGACAUAUUCCUCGGGCCUGGCACAGCCUCCUCUCCGCCGCUCCGCUGGCCGACCGAUAGCUCAUACGUUGGCAGUACGGUUUUCCUGGGGAACGCACGGGGUGCGCAGGGAGACGUGGUGCGGAACAGUGUGGAGUUGACACAGGCGCUAAAGGAGAGGUUCGAUAGAGGGCAGCUGAGUGCGUUGGAUCAGGACAGUGUUUUGGCUUAUCUGAAAGAUAACUUGAGCUGGCGAGUGGAGCAGGAGGGUGUCGAGUUGGAUGUUGGCAGUGUGAGCGGGCUGAGGAUUAGCGUGAGGAGUACGGAGGUGAGUGAGGGUGGGGAUGGGUUCCCGAAGUUUGGGGACUGGAGUGAGCAUGGGGAAAUCACUACUGGAAGGCCGGGUGGUGUCAAACUCUGA